GCAAUAAGAACCUGAAUUAUUCAACUCGUCGUUUGCUACGUUCGCAAGUACAAUGUUCUUCGCUAGCUUGUAUUGAAAGGAAGAGCCCGGUAAACACAUGUACAAUUGCGAAAUAGGUGGACCAAUGAGUUUACCUCCGUCGAUCUCAGUUCCGCCUACGCCGCAGAGUGAAUUUUUUUUGGUGGGGUGUGGGGAGGAUCGGACCAUUUCCUAUCAGCUUUGCUGGAUCCAUUCCACUGUUCUGCGCUUCAAUGAUUCAUUGCCCAUUGGGCGUACUUGGGCGACGCCGGGUAAUGUUCUGGCAGGCUGUCCAGCCACUCCUGAUGUUUGGGACACUUCGGAAGCGAAGGCGCGCAAUCGGAUCCACAAUCCUGGCAAAAGGCCACUUCGUUAGAAAAAAAAAACAGGAAACCUCUACAUCGCGAAUGGCGCGGUGGAUGCUUACUGUCAAGACGUUGUAUUGUGAGGGCGGUGCAGACGUCGGUUUGGUCACCGACUUGGGAUUCGAAGCUGCCGAGUUCAUGUUUGACGACGGGAUCUGUGGACCAAAGUGGGUGGUUGACGCUUCAGGGAACCGAGACGAUGCUUUUGCUGCUAUCAAGAAUGGCCGUUUUACCUACACGUGUCCACGUGGUUUUAUAGUCGGUAGGGUAACUGUGCGGAAAAGUUGAUCCGGCUUUGAGGCCGUAUGGUUCGAUU